AUGUCUUAUAAUCCUGUACAAAACGUCUCUAUUGACGGGACGUAUGUCACUCUUGAUGCCAACACAUACGGAAUAACCGAAGAAGCUGUUAUUGACAAUAAUAAAGGUAACAUUUUUGAAAAGUAUGGAUUGGUCUACUCUAUAUCUAUGGACAUUGGAGUUAUAUUGGCCAGCGGCAACUAUAUUGAUGUUGUGUCUGUAGGCAUCGAAUAUCCUAACCAUGAAAUGAUUAAUUCAUUUUGUAUUAACGAUUCUGUAAUUGAAUACAGACAGAAUGUUGGAAUUAACCGUGUCAAUAACACUCGGAGUGGUAAAGUGAGUUCUAUCUACAUGAAAGACUAUGCAUCUGUUGGAAUGCCAAAAGAAGCAUGGAAUCAAAUUCAAUCUAAGCUAAAAGCUGACUAUAGUAGUAAUGUUGUUAACUAUGAUGUUGAGCAAAACAAUAACUACGUCUGGUUUAAUACUAAAAUUGGGAGAGGCGGUGUUGACAUGGUAGUCACUCGAAAAGUUGGUGAGGAAAGCUUGAGCAAUAUCUAUGGUGGUAUCGAAUUCAUGCAAUGUAUCGGUAAGUCUGUUAUGGGUCUUUGUAAUGUCACUAUUAGAUUGCGUAAGACCCGGAACGCUCUUUCACGCACUAUAGCAAAGUCUACUAAGUAUACUAUUGGUAUGUCGGUUUCAAGGUUAUCUGUUGCUAGAUUCACCGACAUCAGUUCUCCUCCAUUAUCAACUAGAGCUAUCAAUAUUCCUGUGGUAAAGGCCAAACAAAGUGAUAUUGACGAGUUGAUGGAAAAGCUCAACAUGGGUGGCUAG